GAUGUCAUUGAUGUCAUCAACAAACUGCGGUGGCCAUCUGCCUCAAGUGCCACUGGCCCCAGCAGCGCCCCCGCGGCCCGGUAUGCACAAGACCUUGGCGCGGCCGGCGCGGAGACCGGACAACCCGGAGGCGCUGGCUCAGGAGAAGGCUCGGAACUUCACCAUCAUCAACCUGGAAGGGCUGACGGAGGGCAACUUGGAUCUGGUCACGACCACAUGGAUCGGUGGCAAGAUCCAGAAUCGGAAGCCCGUGGCCUUCGCGAUGCUGUGGAACUUUGAGCGUCACGGACAUGAAGAUCAUCCGGUCUUGGCCCUCUUGCUGGCUGAUCUUUACAGAUGCAUCAUGUUGCGAACCAACCGAACUGGACAUUGGCUUCCACACAUUGUACAGGAACUUUUGCAGGAUGAAAUGGUCCUGAAAAUCUGCGCCAGUUGGACAAAGCGGCACAAGGAGAAGCUGGCGUACUGUUUCAGCCUGGAGUUGAAGAACUUCACCGUGCUGUCCAGUUUGGCGGAAGCUCGCGGCAUCUCUGGUCUGUCGCUGGAUGCCUUGACAGACUACAUGCAGCUGUCGCGAAGACGUCUGCUUCCACAGGAGGGCAUCGAUCUGUCGUCUGAUUGGGAGGCCAAGGAGCUGACUUCUGAUCAAAGGCGGCAUGUGCAAGAAUUUCCGCAUUUGCUCUUCCAGAUCUGGGAGAACCUCAUCAAGCUUCCAAAGUUGGAGCAUGAUACAAGCGCCGGGAUUUUGGGCAUCAAGGAUGGAUGGGAAGAACAAGGAAUCCGUCGUCGCCACGAUGGCCUCUACUGCAAGCUCUGUAAUGCGGGGCCCAUUCUGAGCACCGAACAGAUGGAAGGGCAUGUUCAGGGCAGGAAACACCAGAGGAAAGCGAAGCCACCAGAGCCCGUUGAAGCCAAACUGGCAUUGAGUGUAGAGCUGCAGGAAGAAGGCAUUGAAGUCUCAGACUUUUGCUCAUCAGAAAGCUUCGGGCUCUACUUCUGCAAGGCAUGUGGAGUUGGCCCAUUCCACGACUUGGCCAGUGUGGAGGUGCACGUCAAUGGCAGGAAGCACCGGGAAGUUUGCCGAAUCGCGAAGCGCCAAAAGCCUGCAGUAAGAGAGGUCAGAAGGUUGAGUUGA